GGUGCAACAGCAACAUGAUUAUAUGUUUACAUUCAGUGGACAACAAAGUAAACCAAACGGAGAAAAAAAGGUCCCUUUGUGGCUUUGUGCUCUACCCUCCUUUGUUUUCUCUUCAUCUUUACCACAGGAGUGUUUUUCUUGACUUUUUUACUAGUGAAUAAAACAUAGCUUUAACUAUUGUCUUCCUCUGUGUCUCCUUCCUUCAGGCCCCUUUAUCACCUUAAAAAAUAACUUUAGCAUAAACAUAUGAUUAUUAUUCCAACCACGGACUGCUUCAGCUAGAAAAUGUGCUGGAUUAAUUAAUUUUAAAUAAAUAAAAAAGAUGACCCACAAGAAAAGAAGUCUAAUCUAUGAUUUGGGCGCAUGCUUUUUGACAAAAGAACAAAUGCCCAAAGAAGUCUCCCAACAACAGCAACACUUCUAUUACUCCUUUAACAGUCACCACCGCCACCUUCUCUUGUUUCUCAAAAGUAAGCUCAUCUGUCUGCAAUGGAUCUGCAGGUAGACAAUAGCUCCCACCAGAACCUGUGCAACGAAUGGUGAUUUUACUGUCUUUUCUCCACAGAAACUUGAUAGUUUUCUUGUAAUAGUUAGUCUUUUAGUCUUUUAGGUUGAGAAUUUGCAAAAAGCUCCAUUCUUGGUGGAAAAAGUUGUACCUUUAUGGGUGUUUCGAGACGUUCCUAGUGAUAUUACCAUAGAAGUUGAUGGGUCAAUCUUUUCACUGCACAAGUUCCCCCUGGUGACAAAGAGUGGCCGGAUAAGAAAACUGACAUCAGAAUACAGGAACUCAGGCAUAUCACGAAUUCAGCUAGUCAGCUUACCCGGCGGAGCCGAGGCUUUUGAAAUGGCUGCAAAGUUCUGUUACGGCGUCAACUUCGAGAUCACGCCGGCAAACGUCGCCCACCUCUCCUGCGCCGCCGCCUACCUCGAAAUGACCGGCGACUACUCCGGCGACAACCUUUCAUCCCGAACACAAGAGUACCUCGAAAGCGUAGUUUAUAAGAGACUCGAAUUGUGCCUCGAAGUUCUCACCCAAUGCGAGACCCUCCUCCCACUCGCCGACGAGCUUAACAUCGUCCCCCGCUGCAUAGACGCCAUAGCUUCAAAAGCUUGCGCCGAGCAAAUCGCCAUAAGUUUCUCGAGAUUGGAAUAUAGCGGGUCGGGUCGGCUCCAUAUGAGCCGCCACGCGAGCUGUGAGGGGGACUGGUGGAUAGAGGACCUCUCUGUUCUUCGCGUUGACUUCUACCAGCGAGUCAUCGCCGCCAUGAAGUGCCGCGGCGUUCGGCCGGAAAGUAUCGCCGCUUCUUUGGUCAAUUACGCCCAGAAAGAGCUCAACAAGAAAAGCCCGAGCGAAAAUGAGAAGCAGGUUGUGGAAGCGAUUGUGGGCCUUCUUCCAGACGAGAAAUGCGUGAUACCCAUUGGGUUUUUAUUUGGGCUUUUGAGGAGUGGAGUGUCGCUGGACUGUGCAGUGGCUUGCAGGGUUGAUCUUGAGAGGAGGAUUGGGUCCCAAUUGGAGAUGGCCACGUUGGAUGACCUUUUGAUCCCUUCGUUUCGCCACGCUGGCGACACGUUGUUUGAUGUGGACACGGUUCAUAGGAUAUUGGUCUGCUUUUUCCAGCACAAGGAUGAGAGUGAUGAAGACGGUAUGGAAGACGAGUCGUCUGACGUGUUUGAUGAGUGUGAUACUCCUUUGCCGCCUUCCCAAACUUCACUCUUCAAAGUCGCGAAACUUUUGGACCAUUACCUUGCUGAAAUCGCACCAGAUGCCAACUUGAAACUUAGUAAGUUUAUAGCCAUUGCAGAGACGUUACCUACUCAUGCUCGAACAGUACAUGACAGUCUCUAUCGAGCCAUCGAUAUUUAUCUUAAGGCUCAUGGAGGGUUAUCAGAUCAAGACAAGAGAAGAGUGUGCAAGAUGAUAGAUUUCCAAAAGUUGUCACAUGAAGCUGGUGCACACGCGGCACAAAACGAACGCCUCCCGCUUCAAUCCAUAGUGCAAGUGCUUUACUUCGAGCAAUUGAAGCUACGGAACUCAAUGUUUAGCCCUUGUCCCGAUGACGAUCCAAAGCAACCAAUGAUCCAACAGUCAUGGAGGAUCAACAGUGGCGCUCUUAGUGCUGCCCUAUCACCCAAAGACAACUACGCGUCUCUUAGACGGGAAAAUAGGGAGUUGAAGCUAGAACUAACCAGGAUGAGGAUGAGGUUGAAUGAUUUGGAGAGGGAGCACGUGUUUAUGAAGAGGAAUAUAGAGAAGUCAAACUCUAAGCGGUUUGCGAGUUCUUUUACCAAAAAGAUGAGUAAAUUGAAUAUUUUUGGGGGUACAUCUUCAAGGGGGUCUAGUUCUCCCACAAAGCAGUCACAAAUAACCGAUUCUAAGCUAUCAGAAGGAACAUGAUCUUUGCAGUCCUAUAUCUCCAUAAUUUCUUGUCUUAUAAACAAUAGUUAUUGCUUGUAAAGUGUGUAGUAGUCUGUUAAAUUACUCCUUCCGUCCCAAAAUUUUCUUCCUAGUAGCUUGAUUUGGCAAACAUACAAAGAAACAAAUUUGUGUUAUUGUGUUUGACGUUAAGGAAAACAACAUCAAUCACACAAAUAUUUCUAAAAAAAAUGCCAAAACAAUAUUUUAGGGCAUCUUGUAAUAGGUAAAAAGUUGUGGGACGAAUGGAACACCUUGUAAUAUUUAUCAAUUAUCAGCCUUGUAUGUGUUCAUUCGAUCGGACUUGUAAUGUGUUCAUCCCUACUAUACCUUCAUUUUGUUCAGUUGUACACUUGUACAGAAAGAUGACUAAUGGGCUAAUGGCAGGAUUGGAAGACCU